AGAAGGCUCGUUUUGGGUGGACCCUGUGUUUAAUUUCCAGAUCUAGAAGAGCUUUGUUUUCCUGCACAUGCUAAGCACCAUAUUCCUUUUUGAAACAAUGCACUCCACUAUUGCGAUACCUCUGUUUUGCUUAUAUCUAGGGUACCCGAGUGGUAAUCAUUGGAGGCUGAUUGGUUUUUUCGGUCGUAAGCCAAAGGAAAAGGAUGAGGUUGGUAAAGUCGUUACGGGGAAUAAUUCUGUUUUAGUCUUACAAGGGGCUCUAGUUCCCUUAUUGAAAUUUGGCAACAAGGGCUUGCAAAGGAUUGGAAUAGUUAGGGCAUGGUUGAGAGCCCAUGGCAACAAGGGAGGUGCCUGGGUUUGUAUGGAGGAGCAUGGUCCUCCUAUUGAUUGAACCUGUUUUAGGGACGACAUAUAGUGGGUUGGGGACUGCUGAUGUCGAAUUUUCCCUGCUCUCCCCAUGAAGCUGGCUAAAUAGGUGAGGACGUCCAGUAGUUUCAGACACUCAUAGCGACCUCCUUUUCUACUUUUGUAGCCCUAUUUUUGCCCUUACAGCGAUUGUAGUUACAAUCUUUAGUCAUAAAUGGCCCUCUUCGCUUAAUUGUCCAUAUAUGUCAUGGGCACAGUUUAAAUCUGUUACUAAUGCUGUAGGUUAUGCUUCUGUCCUUCAUUUGGCUAUAAUGCCUUGCUAGAGAUUCUUAUGUAAUCUCUUGAUAUUUAAUAUAAUUCUCUAUUUCCU